AUGGAUCAACCAUUUGGCUUAAUUCGACAGAUUCAGAGGAGUAAGAGAUUCAUGCUAAAAGUCCGAGCAAUUCGUAUCUUCGAAAAAUCAUUUGAUUCCAAUUACCGAAGACAAUUGGAGAUCGUAUUUCAUGAUGAAGAGGGCACUCGCAUUAGUGGUAUUAUCCAUGGCGUUCAUUUAUCUAAGAUGGCUGGCUAUUUCCACGAAUGUGGCGUAUAUAAAAUCCGGAACUACUAUUUAGACAGAAACAUCGAUAAGUAUCGAUCUACUGCUGCAAAAUACAAACUCCUUAUUCAUACCGAUACAGAGGUUCUAGAAAUGCACGCAUACUUUCCUUCGUGGCAUUUUCAAUUCCGUAGCUUUGCCGACUUUCAAGAUGUUGAGAAUGUUGAUGAAUCUUAUCUUUUUGAUGUCAUUGGUAUGGUGAUUGAAAUUCAUCCUGUUCAGUCUAAAUGGGUUCAUGGACAAAAAAGCCAAAUGAUUGUCUUUUCCCUCAUGGAUUUAAAUGGAAUUGUUAUUCAAUCCACACUCUGGGGUCAUUAUGUUGACCAACUCAUUGCUUUUGAAACUCACUUUGAGUCCGAGGCAACUGGUGAACCAUGGGUGCUAAUUAUGCAGCUUUGUCGGGCACGAUUUUGGGAAGCAAGCCCAUGGGCUAAGAAGAGUAAAUAUGUCACCAAUAGCAAAAUUGUCUUGAAGAGAGAAAUGAAAGAGCUAGAAAAUGGUGAUUUGGUAGUUAGUUCUGUAGAUUCUCUAUUUGACUCUGACGAGGAGGUCAAAUGUUGGGUAUGUGCUACAAUUGAUUCAAUUGUGGACGAAUGGUGGUACCUCGCAUGUAAUCGUUGCAAAGGCAAGAUGGCUGAUGAAGAUGGGAAAUUAAGUUGCACCAAAUGUGCCCAUAAUAAAGGUGUUUUUAGGUACAAAAUUCGUUUGAUUGUGUCAGAUGCAACAUCAAGUGCAACAUUCAUUUGUUGGGAUAGGGAAUCUGAAAAGAUUAUUGGAACACCAUGUGAGGUCUUGAGAAAUGAAUUUCUUUGCGAGCAUCCCAAUAGCUUUGAACUUCCUGAGGACGUGUCGAAUUUAGUGGGUAAGACGAUCCUUUUCAAGGUUCGUGUAUAUCCAAAAAAUCCAUUAGGGUAUGCUGCUUCAUUUCCAGUCGUAAGAGUUGUUGCUGACUCCAUGUACAACCAAUGGUUUGUGGAGAACGAGGGAUCUGACUUUCUUACCGUACUGCAAAGGGAAGACCACGACAAUGGGCUGGAUGCAACUUUGGAUGAUGAGGUUUCUACACCAAUAAAGGUUUUUCAACCUAUCGAAAAGGGUGACACUUCCACAGCAAAGCGGAAGCUUCUGAAUGAUUUAUCCUCAACACCCAAUGUAGAUCAAUCUGGUGGGUCAGCAAAUGCCGAUACAGAGAAGGGGAAGAUUGAGAAAUUGGACCCCAGUGGAGUACAAUUUGAGGAUGUCGCUGAAAAUUGA